UGCCGUCAAUGUAUGUGUGAGUGUUUGUGCAUUCUAUCAGUCAAUUAGUUGUCUCUCAUAGCCAUUGAAUAGUUGAUUGAAUCAGUAAUAGCUGUGAAAACAUGUCUAAUAACAGUAACAGUGCUUUUGAUGAUCGUAACGGACCCGAUAGUAGGCCGCGUGACGGACCCGAUAGUAGACCGCGUGACGGACCCGACAGAUCGCGUGAUGGACCCGAGAGGUCUCAUGACGGACCCGAUAAUAGGUCUCGUGAUGGCGAUGACAAUCGUGAUUAUGGUGAUGAUCGCCCGACUGGAAUGGAUCCCGAUGGUGUCAUUGAGUCCAAUUGGGAUGAAAUUGUGUCAAAUUUUGAUGACAUGAAUUUACGAGAAGAACUCUUAAGAGGAAUCUAUGCCUAUGGUUUUGAAAAACCUUCGGCUAUUCAACAGAGAGCUAUCAUUCCCUGCAUUAAAGGUAUGGAUGUGAUAGCACAGGCACAAUCGGGAACUGGUAAAACGGCCACAUUUUCAAUUGCUAUAUUGCAACAAAUUGAUACUUCACUUAAUGAAUGUCAAGCCCUAAUCCUCGCCCCAACUCGAGAGUUGGCGCAACAGAUUCAGAAAGUAGUGUUAGCCUUAGGUGACUAUAUGAAUGCUCAGUGUCACGCAUGUAUUGGUGGCACUAAUGUUCGUGAAGACAUUCGUAAGCUUGAAAUGGGUGUCCAUAUUGUUGUGGGAACUCCCGGACGUGUUUUUGAUAUGAUUACUCGACGCGCUUUACGUCCCGAUCACAUCAAGAUUUUUGUGUUGGACGAGGCCGACGAAAUGCUUUCCCGUGGGUUUAAGGAUCAGAUUUACGAUGUUUUCAAAACAUUGAAUCAGAACAUUCAGGUUAUCUUAUUGUCGGCCACAAUGCCCGCUGAGGUGUUGGAAGUUACCAAAAGGUUUAUGAGAGAUCCCAUUAGAAUUUUGGUUAAGAAGGAAGAGCUAACCCUCGAGGGUAUUAAGCAGUUCUAUGUACUGAUUGAGCGCGAAGAAUGGAAGUUUGACACGUUAUGCGAUUUGUAUGAAACGCUUACCAUUACUCAAGCCGUGAUUUUCUGUAAUACGCGUCGGAAAGUUGAUUGGCUGACAGAGAAGAUGCAACAAAGAGACUUCACUGUCUCACAUAUGCACGGCGAUAUGGAGCAGAAGCAGCGCGAAGUUAUAAUGCGUGAGUUUAGGUCGGGUUCGAGUCGGGUGUUGAUCACCACUGACCUCUUGGCCCGAGGCAUUGAUGUACAACAAGUAUCACUUGUUAUUAAUUAUGAUUUACCCACAAAUCGUGAGAAUUAUAUACAUAGAAUCGGAAGAGGCGGUCGGUUUGGUCGUAAAGGAGCUGCCAUUAACUUUGUGACGGCUGAAGACACCCGAUCUUUACGAGAUAUUGAGACAUUCUAUAACACACAGAUAGAGGAGAUGCCAUUGAAUGUGGCGGAUUUAAUCUAAUUUAAUAUAAUUAAUUCGUGUCACUCAUAGCAAGUGUUUAUAUACUUUAUUUUAAUUAACGAAACGCUAUAACCAGUCGCUCAUGAGUUUAUAAAACUGUUAACAUAAUGACAAUUUGUUUUUUAAAUUUCACGAUCGGUUAUGCGAUUUCAUUAAAAUCAAUAAAAAUGGGAAAAUUAACUAAAAUGAAACU